UCCUACCACCAUGUCGGACGACCUUCCCAUCGACUUCUCGCACCCCGCCGUGCGCGACUACCUCGCCCUCGUGCGGCUGCAGGUGCUCACGCCGCUCUCCCUCCUUAUCAACGUCGCCACGGUCAUCAUCUGCGCAUUCGUCGUCACCCCAUCGUUGUCCACCAUAUCGAGGGAGUACCCGACUGCGAUCUCUCCUAGGCCUGCGGUCAUUGCGGUCUACUUUGCCGCGCUCUAUGUAGGGCAGAUUGGCUACUGUGUGCUGCUCGUCCUCGCGCGCAAGCCCGAGACGAAAGCGACGCUCAUCAAGGGCGUCGGAUUCCCGCUCGUCCUCGCAAACUGGAUCAUGGCAUUCUGGGCGAUAUCCUGGGUGCUCCGCGCCUUCAUCGCGGCGACCGUCUUCCAAGGCCUGCUCAUCCUACUCCUCCUCUACUCCAACAUCAACCUUCUCGUCUACCACGCCCCCACUACCCGCCGCCCGCUCGACAUCGCCCUCAUCCACGCCCCCGUUCGCUUCUUCCUGGUCUGGCCCCUGAUGCUCAUGUUCGCCGAGUCGCUCUUCCUCGCGCUUGGCAUGUACAAGCCGAGCGCGCCGUAUGGGUGGCCGCAGCCGGAACUACCCGCGCGCUAUAUCUGGCCGGCGUUUGGCGUCGUAGUGGGCACGAAUGUCAUCGGGCUGCUUGUUGUCGUUCUGAGGAGAGACAUCGUCUGGGCCGUCGCCUCCACCUGGCUCUGCGUCUCCCUCUGGGCUGAGCCUGGCAAGCCCGAGGCUAUCCAGAUCCCCGCCAUCCUCUUCACCGUGCUCCACCCGCUCGCGCUCGUCCUCGCGUACGUGCACUACUAUUUCUUCAGCGGUGGCCGCGUGAGGCUCGAGGGCGAGGAGUCGCCGCUGCUCGAACAGGAGCGGAGGGAGCGGAGGCGUAGUGGGAAUGGGAAUGGCGGACAUAGACAGGAAGGGAGUGGGGAGAAUGGGGAGGGAAGGGGCCCCAGGGAGGUGGAUGCGCAGGCGGUGUGGGGGUAAGGGCACUGGAAAUGAGCUCAAGGAUAAGUCUGCGCGGUAAAUUGACGAAUACUGCCAGCACACUCUUCGAAAAUUACGCGGUUCUGUAUGUUUCUUACGUCUGCUUGUUUGGUCUUCGAAUGUACUCACCAUACCGCAUGUACGCGUCUGUACUCCAGUUCACCGUGUAUAUAUACAGUGCUAUUGCUACUCAUCAAGAUCCUCUGUCGACUCUCGUACGAUCUCACUCGAUGGUCAAUCCACCCGAAUUUGCGA